AUGGGCUUCUCAGACGGCAGGAACAGGGGCAAGGGUCCUGCAGCAAGGGAGAACAGAAACUCCUCUCUUGCGGCUUUAGACGGUGCUGAGACUCUGCAGCAGCAGGCUGAGAGGAAGAGCGGCGGGGCGGCCAUUCCCGGCUUACAGCAGGCAGCGGCUGCCUUUAAGGAGUGUGUGAGGCUAGCGAAGGACGAGCCAUUGCCCGCAGGCAGGCUUCUUGAUGCCUACUUUGGGCUGGGUGAGAGCAUGCAGAGGUUGGCAGAGUGUAUCCUGGAGGCAUGCUCGGCCCUGCCUGACUCGCAGCUGUCAGCAGCUGUGGAGGCAGACGCUCGCAGCAACGCCAAAAUUCUCUUCAGGCAGAGCGUGGAUGCCUACAAGAAGGUGAAGGCCGAAGACGGGAGGGUGCGUGUGGACGCAUGUGUGAACGCUGCGAAUGUGCUGGCGGCCUGGGCUGACGUGGAGGAAGCUACCGGCGACCUGGCAGCUGCCACGCAGCUGCUCAUCUCUUCCGUGGAAGGCUACCAGAGAUCCCUUGAACAGGAGGAGGAUGCUGCAACGUGGAGCAAUCUAGCGGACACGCUGGUGAAGCGUGCAGAGCUUCUCGCGGCUGACGGGGAUGCUGAGUCAUGCGUGGGCUCGGUGUAUGGGGAGGCCAUGGCGGCUUAUGCGAAGGCAUGCUCGCUGUGCUCCAGCGAGGAUGGAGAUGACCUGCCGGGCCUGCUGCACAACUGGGGCGUGGGCCUGCACUCGCUCGGCACACACGCCAAGAAUCCAGCGCUGGCAGCUUCCUCCCUGGCAGAAGCCGCCGCGCGGCUGCGGGAGAGCUGCGCGUUCAACCGGGGGGACCCGCAGCCGCACAACGCCCUCGGAGACGUGCUCGCAGCCGCCGCGGAAGCUUCCUCCGACGCCAUGGAGGCGCUCGGCUGCUACAAUGCUGCGCUGGACGAGGGCUACUCCGCUGCAUUGCGCGUAAACGGCCACGACCCGGACGGCCUCGUUGGUACCGCAGAGGUGAACACAGCUCUAGGCAAGCUGGCAGAGCAGACAGGCAACCGGGAGGUGGCUGCGCAGAGGUUCAGCGAGGCGCUCAGGGCAUAUGUAAUCGUGCUGCAGCGGCCAGAAGCAAUAGGAGGUCUGCGAGAACGCAGUGAUGCGCUGACCUGUGGGGCUAUUCCUGGGCAUGAAGUCGCAGCAGCACAGCAGCAGAUAGCAGGCACCCUUGCUGGGCUUCUGUCACUUGGCACAGCCACAAAGGAGCAGUUUGCCGGGGACGCCGAUUUCAGUGGCGUCAGGGAACAGCCCUGGUUUGUGGCUCUGGUGCAGUAA